UCCACACAGUCAAAGUCUUUGGUGCUGUCAAUAAAGCGCUAUUCAAAAUAUGCAACCCCCGGGACAAUGUGAGUCUACAAAUCUCCAAUCUGCCUAAGAACCACAAAUCACUCACCUGGUUUUAUACUACUGACCAGAAGAUUGUAGAGUGGGAAUCUGGUGAGCCUACUAAGUACUUCGAUACUAAAUUUAAGGACAGGGCCACGCUUGAUUCUCAAAGUGGCACACUGCACAUCCGCAAGGUCCAGAAGGAAGACAGCAGUACUUACCUCCUGAGGGUGCUGAAGGACAGUGGACACGAGGAGGAAUACAAGAUCUCUCUGAUGGUGCUUGUCCAAGGAUUGACUGUAGCUCGCAGGAAGGGAAGAGCUGAGUGAAGAAGACGGGUUGACUGGAGCUGCACAUGACCUCAGGCAAAUCUGACGCUGAGUUUCAGUUAUCAAAUACAAGUAGUAAUCUCUGUUUUCCUCACCUCACAGGGCUCCAAUAUGAUCAGGUAAAUAGGGUGUCAUAUGCAGUUUCAGGUAGUGAGCUGACUCCAUUUCCCCAUGCUGAUCUUUCUGGGAGGGUAACUACUUCCAAGACAGGAGCUCACAGAUUGAGGAGAGUGGUUUUUAUUGGUCAUCUCCAUGGUGAAAAUCAAAAAUGUCCCCAGUCUGAAACUGCUACAAAUAUGGUACAUCAGGGACUGUGACUUUCCUAUGGGUCUUCAAAGGGUCCUGGGUGGGUGAAUAAUUCAUUUUGAUUCAAGAGGGAUGGGCCUGAAACUCUUAGACCCAAGGGUGCAGAAUACAUUCAUUUGGGUGAAAUAACCUGUGAUAAUAGGUUAGUAAUAAAAUACUUGAAUAUAGGUUAAUAAUAAUCAUACUGAUGUUCAGUGAGUAGGCCAAUGUAAAGGUUUAAAUAGUGAACUUACCCAAAAGGGAGGAAGAGCUUGGGGGUGGAGGGGGGAGACCAAUACUCAAACUGUGUAGAUCUGAUUUUCCACAUUUUGUGCUCUCAGCCUAUGCCACACAUGAUCUACUUUCUACUCCUCACAUGAUUUAGAGUUGGCUCAGGUCAGAAAUCCCCUAAGGUGGGUACUCUGGUUAAUCAGUGUGUUUCCUGUCUGGGAAAGCAAAGGCAGAUAUUCACUCUCAGGGGUCUUUAACAUUUUCUGAGUACCAAUCCCUCUGGAAACCAGUAGAAUCUAUGGAUCCUCUCACCAGAAAAGAGAACUAACACACAUUCAAACAAAAUUGUUUUUUUAAUUCAAAUUUAUUGAUUCAAAUUGAAGGAUAAUUGCUUUAAAACAUUGAGUUCAUUUCUGCCAUAUAUCAACAACACCCCGCUAUAGGUAUACGUAUAUUCUCACCCUCACGGACCUCCCUCCCACCUCUCACCCCAUCCCACCCCUCUAGUUUGUCAUUUGUGCCCUGCGUCACACUAGAAAUUUCCACCAACUCUCUAGUUUCACAUAUGGUGAUGGUUGUUAAAGGGCUACUCUCUCAAUUCGUCCCACCCU